AUGGUUUCUCUUGAAGAAAUUCGCACGGCCGUCGGACUUUUAGGAAAUGUAAUUGCCCUUAUGUUGUUCAUGUCUCCAGUGCCUACUUUUUUAGCUAUAUACAAGAAAAAAUCAGUGGAGCAAUAUUCCCCGGUACCUUACAUAGCUACGAUUGUGAACUGCGCUUUGUGGGUGGUUUACGGGUUGCCUAUUGUUCAUCCACACAGUUUACUCGUGGUUACAAUUAACGGCGCCGGUUUUUGCAUCCAGCUUAUUUAUUUGUUCAUUUUCGUAAUUUACUCAAACAAACGGAUGAGGCUCCGUGUCGUGUCGGUUGUUCUGGCUGAGAUGGCUUUCGUGGCGGUUCUCGCUGUCCUUGUCCUUAAUCUCACUCAUUCCACCAAACUCCGGUCGACCAUCAUCGGUAGUAUUUGCAUGGUCGGAAAUAUUUUUAUGUACGCCUCCCCAUUAUCGGUCAUGAAACUGGUGAUUACAACAAAAAGUGUGGAGUAUAUGCCGUUUACUCUUUCUCUAGCUACGUUUGCUAACGCUGUCUGUUGGACUAUUUAUGGAACCAUAACGGAUUUCGAUCCAAACAUUGCUGCACCUAAUGGACUGGGAAUACUAUUUGCGGUGGCCCAACUGAUAAUAUAUGCUAUCUUUUAUAAGUCCACUAAGAAGAAACUAGCAGAGGAAAAGAUUGGGAGGAAGAAUACAGAGAUGGUGGCGGCUGUCUGA